UUUGUGAAACAGUCAAAGCAGCUGUUGAAUCUCGGAAAUCCGCUUUGUGAUUAUAAUUUUAAAAAAAAAAUAAAAAUUUCGACACUAAAGCUGGUCUUUGUGUGUGUUUCUCCCGACAGUCGCCAUGUACCUGGGGAUCAAAAAGGGGAAAAUAAAGACAGUAAACCCCGCUCCCUCAGAUUCACUUGGAGUAUGAGGACCACCAGCUCCAUGGAGCCUUGCGAUAUCAUGCGGGAGAUUCGCAAGGUGCUCGACGCCAACAACUGCGACUACGAACAGCAAGAGAGUUUCCUGCUUCUUUGCGUCCACGGGGACGGGCGAGCCGAGAACCUGGUCCAGUGGGAGAUGGAGGUUUGCAAGCUGCCCCGUCUCUCCCUCAACGGCGUCAGGUUCAAACGGAUAUCCGGAUCAUCCAUCGCUUUCAAAAACAUUGCUUCCAAAGUUGCCAACGAGUUAAAGCUAUGAACAAAAGGGUUUAAAAGUAUACAUAUAUAUAUCUAGAAGUAUUUAAGCUGUACAAUCAUCCAAGUAGCAGUUUCCAAAUGUCUCCUUUUUUAAACAAAAUACAGAGUAUGUAUUGAACAUUAUAAUGUAUAGAUUAAGGCUUUUGGCAAUAAUCACUGAAUUACCUACUAAUAUCUCAGUCUAUUCUGGCCACACGGGGUCGACAUUAACGAGUUGAAUAUGAUUUGUCAUGCUGUGAAUGUGGACAAAAAAAGAAACAUUUCUAGUCUUAUUUAUUUCAUCUUUUUUUGUUUUAUUUUUUCUCCUGGAAAAAGAAAAAAAUUACGUAGCUUUUUUUCUGUUUUGUUUUCAGUGUAAAUAAUGUAUCUUUUCUUUCAAGACGGCUUCACUGCAAUACUCUUUUUUUUUUUUCUUUUCUUUUGUAUUUCGUUGAAAAGUAGAGAUGAUGGGGAGUCCGUGUAAAUGCUCACAUGGUUUAAGGGUCACUCAUGUCUCAAUUAAAGUGUCUGUCAACUUGAA